CACCUCACCCCAUGGCCACACGGUACAUCCUUGAAUGAGAUCUACCGUAGUACCGUACUAUUCAUCCCAUGUAGAAGUCAACGCCACAUGCAAUGUCCAACACCUCUCCAAUGCUCUCCUCCUGGGUGGAUCACGAUUGCCAAUUGUUCCCCAUUUCGUUCUGUGCGGCUCGGGGAUUUCUCUUCUAUUUGCCCGCAAAUCGACCGCAUGCCCAAUUGCAGCAAUCUUAAGUUGUUGUUUACUGCACUCGCAAAGCGCCCCCGGCCCUCUCAAAGAGGAAUUAGACCUCCCUCAUGCAGGAACACAUUCGGAAUUGGCCAUGGAGGUCCAGGGGCAGAAAAGACGUUCCGCCACUAUCGGCCACGGCGGUCCCGAAAGAUUGGCAAUACAGGCAAACAUCUAAGUUGCAGCUCUGAGCUUCGACCUAGUUCGGGUAAUGGAGCCGCGGGAGUUUUUGUUGUCAAACGCAGUCCUCACUUCUCUCAUUCUUCUGAGUAGACUGAAUAAACUUUGAGCCGGCAGAGACAAUUGCACCUCACAUUCAUUUCAUGGCUUCUUUAUGAUUUCUUUGAACUUUUAAUGAUCUCCUAUAGAUUCUGUAGCGAUGGAGCAAGAUUCAAGUGAGAUUGUGCCGGUAAAGUCCUCAUGUUUUCGUUUCACGUCAACUCAUGACUGACU